UCCAGUGAAUCAACGUUCGUGUAACCGUUUUUCUUUAAAAGUGUCCGUUCGUGACUAACAGCGACUGAUUCGAAUCCCCGAAGGAAAGCCUCCAACAACAGUAAGUUAUUCGCUGUGACUUCUUCCUUUGCCAGAAAAUAGAACAACGCCGAUGAUCACGGGCAAAGCGUAUCAUGACAAUUUUCUAUUGAUCUCCAGCAGCCAUGUUACUGCCAGACCAAGCAUUAUUUUGACAGUUCCUUCCGCUGUCAAUCUGGCAUAAUUUCAUCGACGUUUCUAAAGCUCUUCUUUAUUGCAACCAGUUGCAACUAUAAACGCGUAACGAAAUAUUAUUAUUGGAUUAUCAUAUAUUGGACACCCACGUAAUACUGUGCCCAUAUGGUUAGAGUUAGAAGUCAGUCAGAACACGUCGCAUCAGCUGAUGUCAGGUAAUAGUAGAAUAUACUUCGCGUACAGUUCUAUUAGAUACUUGAUCGCUUCGAUCUAUAUGAAUGUAAUUGUCCUCGAAGGAAACGUUCUACGUUUUUUGUUAUACGGAUCAAUUCUGAAUUCUUACGUUCCGUGUUUUCCAAGUACUGAGAGAUGUCCGGAAGUAUAACCAAUGAGAAUACCAACGAAGCUCCGUACAAAUAUUGUAACUGAUUAGAAUGGCAGCUUUAAUGAAGAAACGAGUUCUAGCAGAGUUUAAUCAGAGUCAGGUCGUAAACGAACCGCCGUUAAAAAGGUUAAGAACAUUACGCCUCGUAUCUAGUUCAGGUGGUAAGAACGGCACUGAGGGAAGUUCAGCGUUAGCUUAUAUAGAAUGCCUCGAGAAAUGUAAGUGUGGAAACGAUGCUCUGCAGAUCCUCGUUCGCAUUUCUGACACGAUAGCAUACAUCUCUCCGGAAGACGUCCCUUCCGUAGUGAAGAAACUGUCGGAAAGAUUCAGCAUAGAGACGGAAGCAGCCGUGCGUGCCAAGAUACUAUGGAUAUUUACAGAACUAGGAGAGGUGACGAACGAUUCGGCGGAGAAGACGAGGAUCGUGAAUGAAACAGCUGAACUUCUUAAGAACGAGGAGUCGCACAGAGUCAAAAGUCAGGGUUUAGCGACUCUGUUGAAACUAGGGGACUACAACAGGACGCUCGUGUUGAAAAUUGCUCGCGAGCAUUUACCAGACACUUGGCACGGGGUGCAAACGCGAUGUCUCUCUAUCGUCGGCAGAUACUUGACCGCGAACACCACCGACGACACUUUGGCACUCGUCAGCAAUUACGCGCGUUCUCAAGAUCCUAGAGUGCGUGCCCAAGCGUUUGAGACGAUGGCCGAGCUCCACUCCUACAGAGGCUGCAGGCUGCCUGCAAAUUUCUUCGGGGAAGCCUGUGCCGCGCUCAGAGACGACUACGAGAUAGUUCGCAGAGCUGUGCUCAGAUUAAUAUGGCUCUUGGGCAGAGAGUAUCCCGAAAACAUCAUCGUCGGGCCGGACGGGGAAGAUAUACGUAUGAUAGAUUGCGCGUUUUCCCAGAUUUGUAGCUUCAUGGGCGAUCUGUCGCCCAGAGUCAGGGCCUCCGCGAUGUCUCUCUUAGGAACGAUGGAGAGCGUGUCGCAACGAUACAUAGAACAAGCGUUGGACAAAAAACAGAAAGUGGUAGAAACAGACAGGCCGGAAGUCGAGGAGAAGAGCGGAUCCUGUGGCGCGUUUAUCCACGGCUUGGAAGACGAGUUUUUAGAGGUGAGAACAGCAGCGGUCGAAGCUCUCUGCACGUUGUCCUUGGAGCAGCCGAACAUAGCCAGGAUCUCAUUGGAAUUUAUGGUCGACAUGUUCAACGACGAGAUACAAGACGUUCGUUUAAGAGCGAUCGAGUCGUUACGGAAGAUGUCGGCGAUCGUUACGCUUCGCGAAGAUCAGCUGGAAACGAUUCUGGGUGCUCUGGAGGAUUUCUCGGGUGAGGUGCGAGAAGGUCUGCACGCUACUCUAGCUGCCAGUCGAUUAGCUACGAGGAAUUGUCUUCUGAUGUGCGUGAACCGGUUGCUCGACAACUUGAGUCGAUACCCGGAAGACAGGGAGAGCAUCAGGAGUUGUUUGGCAGCUUUGGGAGCCUCGCAUCCGUACUUGACAUUACCUCUGGUACCGCAACUUCUCGGUCGACACCCUUUCUUCGACACACCGGAGCCGGACGUCGACGAACCUUCGUACGCAAGCGUGUUGGUCUUGAUAUUCAACGCCGCAUUGCAUUGUCCAAGCAUGCACGCUCUUUUCACGGAGCAUGCGUCGAAGCAUUAUCAUUACCUACGAGACACGAUGCCGCAUUUGGUUCCUCGAUUGCGACCGACCAUAAGCAGCGGACCUGAUUUCGGGAAGGAAGACAAAGCAAGCGAGGGUGCCGAACGCGGUGAGGAAUUCCUGGAGAAGGUGGUGACGGGCGUCGAGAACGCGAGGCCUAGCGGCAGGGUAUAUACGCAGCUCUUAGAAGCCGCGGCUGUUGAUCUCGAUCGGUUAGCAGAGAUGGAUCAUCGCAUGGAAGGAGCUGCGCGUUUCACCGUCCUUUACAUAAAGUGUCUGCUACUUUUGAAAUCCGUGUUGAACGAAUCCGCGAUUUCGUCGACGAACUCGGUAUCGACCAGCCCAUUACCGAACACGUCGACCAACGUUUCGGUGUUGCUUAAGAACACCCAAAAGUUGCAACGAUUGUUCAGCGGGCUGGGCGAAAACGAGAUCACGCUGGCGAACGACGUAUGGUUGAGGGCGUUAGCGGUGGAACUGAUUCGAGUGACCAGAAGCGUAACGGGAAGGAGUGCUCUUCCGCUCGCUCGUCAAUUCCUCUCCGAGGCCGAUUCUCUGCCUCAAGACACGUCGAAGCUCCCGGCUUUCUCGAGAGCUCUCGUACUUCAGAUUCCGACUUUGCCCGACGUGAAACCAGGAUCUUUGACGCGGAUGCUGUUGCCGUUGCUUUUAACGCCGGCGACGCAGGGAGAAGAACGCCUCCCACGACCGUCGGUGUCUACACGUUUCUGUAAGGCCGUCGUUGAGGAACCCAGAGGCGACGCGGAUGCCGCGUUGAAGUUCACUGGCGGCCUUCUACUAGGAAUUCCGUUGACAGCGAAGAUACUGAAUUUACGCGAUCCGAGCAUACUGCGGAUCAAACUGAGGCAUCCUGAUCAACAGAUACAGUUACUGUUACCACGACAGUCGGAUCUACGUGUACAGAACGCGGAGCAGAAUGACUACAGGCUGAAAACUACCGUUUUACUCUCGCAUCAAGUCUGGAUGGAGGCUUGUAACGUAGAGAUAUCUCUCGCGCUCCUCGUUUCAGCCUCCUCGUCCAUGUGUACGCAUUCACCCCUUGACGAUCCCUGCGUGAUAGAUCUCUGUAAACCGACUAAAGUGUCGAUCGCGCCAAAGCCUAUAAAGAGGGGAAUCUGAAUUUACUUUUUUACGCGACACAAUUUUGUAAAGAUUUCUUUUAUUGUAGAGUAAAGUCAAACCGUUGCUAAAUCGCUCUGUCCAUGUAUGAUACAAUUAUAAUCGAUGACGUUCGAUCUACUUCAUAAAAAGUAACUACGAAUACACGGUCUAAACGGA